UUUGUUGAUUCCCGUUGUCUUGUGUGCGUAGUUUGUCCAAUUGAUUAUACGUAAAUUAACUUAAAAUUAACAAUUUCUGGUUGAUGUGCGAGAAAAGUGCGCUUGGUGGAAAAAUGCGCAAGCAAUUAAUUUGAAACGGUUGUGCUUUUAAUUAUUUGUGUAGAACAAAGGCGGCUGUGUUUAAUCUUGUGUGCGCGGUGGCCUGUAAUAGAGCUGGCCAACCCCGCAAAUAACAAGGGAAAAAUUGGAUUUGUUAAGUGACCUCAACUCACACCUGCGCUCGCUUUGCGGCAACUCGUAAACAUGACGAACGCCUUAAGCCGCUUCCUGCUGCCAGUCCACUGCACCUGUAAAGACUUCAACCAUCCAUGGACAGAUAGUUGCUCAAAUGCAGCGGCAGGCAUAUUGCUUUCCUCGAUACCCUAUAGCUUACGUAUCUACACAAUGGUUUAUGCGCUUUCUCUGAUUAUGCGCCAUCGGGUACCACGCCUUGCCGAUCUUAAACGCACUUUGCUCGGUAUCUUGCAAUCGUCCGCCUUCCUCGUCUCCAAUAGCUACACAUUUAUUAUGAUCAAUUGCUUGUUGCGUAAACUUCUCGGCCACUAUAUUUGUGCUACCGUUGCUUUCGUACCCUGUUUUUUCUCCAGCUUCGCAUCGAUACUCGUUGAACGGCCUGCACGUCGGCCGCUGCUCACACUCUACGUGGCUAAUUUGGCGACGGAAACGCUAUGGAAUAUGGCUGAGGUGCGAGGCUACGUGCGCUCCAUACCCCAAGGGCAGACUUUAAUCUUUGGUCUUAGCAUAUCAGCCUUAUUGUAUCUUUACCGUUUGGGUCUUCACAAAACUACUUGCAAAGAUUCGUUAUUCAAUGUGUUGCGUUUCUUUGUGGAUAAAAAGGAGGAGGGGCCAAUUGCAAUAAAGGCGACAGCUUCAGCGGCGGGAGCGGGCUCUCCGUUGGGUGAUGCAGCAGUGCCGUCCUCAAAUGCUCAAAAUUCACGAGCGCCACUUGACUUCCGGAGCAUAAAUGUGCUUGUUCAAAUCUAUAGUCGGUUCUUGGAUGCGGUAAAAAGUAGACACCCAUCUUGUCCACAUCGUGAUAAUUGUUGGCAUUAUGCGUUAAUGGGUGGUCUUAAACCCUUCGUCGGGGGUGUCGGUAUACAGGUAGCAUUAAGGCUGAUAAUGAAUUUAAAGAAAAUUGUGCAAUUUAAGUUGGAUGUGUGGAAGACUAUAUUCAAAAAGGACACUCUGAAUUUGGGAAUAUUCCUGGGAUGUUUUUCCUUUGUGUAUAAGGGCGUUUCCUGCACACUCCGACACAGCUUUGGACACGAUGAUGCACGCUUUGCAAUACCAGCGGGGCUACUCGCCAGUGUAGCCUUUACUACGUACCCCGAUGUGACAGUGGCACUCUAUGUGAUGUGGAAAGCGCUGCAGAUCGGCUACAAUUUGGGCAUUCAGGAAGGUGUUUUGCCCCAUGUGCCGGGCUUUAUGCUGUACUUGUAUUCAUUUUGCACCGCUCUACUCUUUCAUGCAGGCAUCCUUGAGCCAAAAACCAUACGACCGAGCUACUUCAAGUUCCUCCAAGCGAUUUCAGGAGAUCGACUUAACCGAUUUAAUGUCGAGCCUUUCGACGUCUAUGGCCAAAAUGCCAGCCAACAAAUGAAAGAAGUAUCCAGGAAACUAAAUAUCAUCAACCAAGCACCGCUGCCUAAAUGCUCACUUGCCUCGUGGAAAUAAUACCAAUAACACACACACAAUGAAGCGAUAUCUAUAAAUACAUACAUACAUACAUAUGUACAUGCGUAUAGAGAAUAGCAGACUUACAAAAGGUUAAGAGAGUGGAAAUCGAAUGGCGAAGCCUUGUGGCAAACAAGCGAUUGAAAAUGAAAAGAGUAGUGCAAUGAUAUGUGAAAGAAUACAAUAAAUAUAGUUAGACAACACGAACAAGAGUGUGCAAAGGAAUGUAAAAUAGUGUAAAGAUAUUUUAUUAGUUGAGAAGAAGGAAAUCGAGCAGUUGAUAAAUAAGAAUUUUUAAAACGUAUUAAAUAAAAGAAUGGAUAUUAGUAAUAAAAUUAGUUUUUGUAAAUUGUGUGUAUAUGAAUAGACUUAA